AUGAACGUCAUAUUUAAGAGAGCAGCGACUCCAAAAAAGAUCGACUUUGACUCGGCAGACCGCUCCAACGUGCUGCUCGGCUGUGGGGUAAGCGGCUCCGUCUGCAGCGCAGCCACCUUCAAUCAGGCAAGCGAGCGCGAUCUUACUGGUCGUCCAAGGGGCGUCUUUCGAUUCUUUGGCUCAGUCGCAGCUGAUCCUGUCCAGAUCGCGGGGCGGGAAGAAAAAGUGGCGUCGGUCGAAGCGAGCGAUUCAGCAGACGCUUUCUGA